UAAACUAUAUCUGAGAAUUCCCAGCAAAAACUCAGACUUGGGUUUUCAAAAGCUCUCAACUUUUUAAAAAGCGACGUCGUUUUGAGCACGAUUGAUUUCUUCUAAAAAGCUUGACGCUUUGUUUUCUGGGGGCGUCGUAUAAUUGAUGGCGCUAAAUUUGCCGACUUCGUGCCCGAUUUUCGCGCCACCGGUGAACCCGAAACCGGCCCACAACCGCCCGCCCACGGAGGUCCGAUUCGCGCGGUGGAACAACGCCAACGCCGAGAAGUUCAACCAGCGCCGCCGCGCCCAGCAGGAAAUCGAGGACGACCUCCGCCGCGAGCGCCGCUUCGACUCCGCCGCCAGAAUCUCCAUCUCCACCACCUCCUCCUCCGAAGCCGAGACCUCCGCCGUAGGGACGUUCAAGUCCACCGGCACGCCUUCGUCUCCGUCGCGGCCUUCAAUUCCCGGCAGAAAAUCCAAGUACUCCGAAAACCCUAACCCUAGCUCGCACCCGGCGUUUCGCCGAGUCAUCAAGCCGACGAAGCUCUCGAGAAUCAAGCCGGAAGUCGACCGGAAAGCCAACAUCUCCAUUGGCGACGACGGGCUGUCCUAUGUCAUCGACGGCGCGCCGUUCGAGUUCAAGUACAGCUACACCGAGACGCCGAAGCAGAAGCCGAUUAAGCUCCGGGAGCCGCCGUACGCGCCGUUCGGGCCAACCACGAUGGGCCGGCCGUGGACGGGUCGGGCCCCACUGCCUCCGAGCAAGAAGAAGCUCAAGGAAUUCGACUCGUUCCAGCUGCCGCCGCCGCACAAGAAAGGCGUUAAGCCGGUGCAGUCUCCGGGCCCGUAUUUGCCCGGGUCGGGUCCAAAGUAUGUCAAGUCCAGGGAGGAGAUAUUGGGUGACCCGUUGACCGAUGAAGAAGUCAAGGACUUGGUUAAUGGCUGUGUUAAGACCAGGAGGCAACUCAAUAUGGGUAGAGAUGGUUUGACACACAACAUGCUGGAUAAUAUCCAUGCUCAUUGGAAGCGGCGGAGAGUGUGCAAGAUCAAAUGUAAAGGAGUGUGUACAGUCGACAUGGAAAAUGUGUGCCAGCAACUAGAGGAAAGAACUGGAGGGAAAAUCAUAUACAAAAAAGGUGGGGUGAUUUUUCUUUUCCGGGGAAGGAACUAUAACUAUAAAACUCGGCCGCGGUUUCCUCUCAUGCUUUGGAGACCUAUCACUCCUGUGUAUCCUAGGUUGAUUCAGCGAGCUCCUGAGGGCCUAACAGUUGAACAAGCAACUGAAAUGCGCAAGAAGGGGAGGAAUCUGAUACCAAUACGCAAGCUAGGAAAAAAUGGGGUUUACUCUGACCUGGUAGACAAUGUCAGGGAGGCCUUUGAAGAGUGUGAACUCGUGCGAAUUGAUUGUCAAGGGAUGAAUGGCAGCGACUACCGAAAAAUAGGUGCUAAACUUAAGGAUCUUGUCCCUUGUGUGCUAAUUUCUUUUGAACGCGAGAGCAUUCUUAUGUGGAGAGGACGGGAAUGGAAGUCUUCUCUCGUAAAUCCUGAGAGUAAAUUGAAGGAAGUCAGAGAAUCUAUUGUUGAUGAAUCACAUUCUAUUGUACCUUCUUUGGAAGGCCAAGAAGCAUCAACAUUAUGUGCUUAUACAAUUUCAGUUAAGGCCGCAAAUCCUGAAAUGAUUGACACUAGUACUAUAUCCUCUUCAAGUUAUGAAGUUGUGGGUGCAGAGGAAACUGAGGGUCCGUCCCUGUCACCGUAUGUUGAGCCAUAUGCCACUGUUGAUACUGUUUCCAGUGUUGAAGGCACUAAUGAAACUGUAACCAUAGCGGACAUCAAAAGCUUUAGAAAUGAUGAGGCUGAAUCAGAAAUGAAGGCAUGUAGUGGUUCAACCAUACCACAAGAUACCAGCUAUGCUGAUGAUGAGAUGGAAACGAUUUCCAGUACAUCUGGAACUGAAAACAUAUUGGAUAAUACACGCUAUGAAGCGUCAGCAACUGCAUUGGGGACUGGGACCAUUCCAGUAACUUCCGAAAACACGGAAUCAAAGUUGGAUUCCCUCAUGGUGGCCCCUGGUAGUAAUGAGACUCCACAAGAUGCUUCUAUAGGUUCCCAAAAUCUCGGUGAGCAAGCUAAAUUGAGCGCAGCAUGCAAAGAGAAGGUGCUAUCACUGUUGAACAAAGCUGUUGGGAGUGGGAGUGCACUUAUUUUAGACGAUUCGUCGUUGGAUGCUGACAUUGUAUAUCAGAGGGCGGUUGCUCUUGCCAAGUCUGCUCCAUCUGGACCAGUGUUUAGGCAUCGACCUAAGAGAGUUGCACCUCAACUUAAAAAGAAGCUAGUAGUAAGAAAACAGGGGGAGGAAGCCACAGUUUCAGAAGUGAAAGAGAUAAGUUAUCAAAUAACAGAUUAUGCGAAGAAGGAUUCCAAAGUUCAAAGAACAAGAACAAGAGAUUUUGCUGAACCUCUAGAUAGUGUUGUACCACAGGGAAGCCUGAGAGUGGAUGAACUUGCUAAGCUAUUGGCUUGAUAUAUGCAUCCUAGCAUUCUGUAGAUGUAUUUCAUAUACAAUUGGUGUAUAGAAUUUUCGGUGAUC